AUGGAUAUCAUCAAGAAAACUAAAGACAAUAAAUGCUGGUGUGAUUGUGGGUGCAUUACAGAACUGGAGCAGCACCAACAUGCCAUCCCACCAACUUUGGCCAUGAAUCCUCAAGCUCAGGCUCUUCGAAGUCUUUUGGAGGUUGUAGUGUUAUCUCGGAACUCACGGGAUGCCAUAGCUGCUCUUGGAUUACUUCAGAAGGCUGUAGAAGGGUUGUUAGAUGCCACAAGUGGUGCCGAUGCUGACCUCCUGCUGCGCUACAGGGAGUGCCACCUUUUGGUACUGAAAGCUCUGCAGGGCAGGGCAUAUGGAUCUCCAUGGUGCAACAAACAGAUCACAAGGUGCCUAAUUGAGUGUCGAGAUGAGUAUAAAUAUAAUGUGGAAGCGGUAGAGUUGUUAAUUCACAAUCAUUUGGUCAACAUGCAGCAGUAUGAUCUUCACCUAGCUCAGUCAAUGGAGAAUGGUUUAAACUAUAUGGCUGUGGCAUUUGCUAUGCAAUUGGUAAAAAUUCUUUUGGUUGAUGAAAGGAGUGUGGCCCAUGUCACUGAGGCAGAUCUGUUCCAUACCAUUGAGACCCUCAUGAGGAGUAAUGCUCAUUCCCGAGGCAACGCUCCAGAAGGAUUACCCCAGCUGAUGGAAGUAGUACAAUCCAACUAUGAAGCAAUGAUUGAUCAUGCUCAUGGAGGUCCUAACUUUAUGAUGCAUUCUGGGAUCUCUCAAGCCUCAGAGUAUGAUAACCCUCCUGGCCUGAGGGAGAAAGCCGAGUAUCUUCUGAGGGAAUGGGUGAAUCUAUACCAUUCAGCAGCAGCUGGCCGUGACAGUACCAAAGCUUUCUCUGCGUUUGUUGGACAGGUAGAGCUUUUGGAAAGAAAGAUGCACCAACAAGGAAUACUGAAGACUGAUGACCUCAUAACCAGGUUUUUUCGUCUGUGCACUGAAAUGUGUGUUGAAAUCAGUUACCGGGCUCAGGCUGAGCAGCAACACAAUCCUGCUGCUAAUCCCACUAUGAUCCGAGCCAAGUGCUAUCACAACCUGGAUGCCUUUGUCCGACUCAUUGCACUGUUAGUAAAGCACUCAGGGGAGGCCACCAACACUGUCACAAAGAUUAAUCUGCUGAACCAGGUCCUUGGUAUCGUUGUGGGAGUUCUCCUACAGGAUCAUGAUGUUCAGCAAAGUGAAUUUCAGCAGCUUCCCUACCACCGGAUUUUUAUCAUGCUGCUUUUGGAACUCAAUGCACCGGAACAUGUAUUGGAGACCAUUAAUUUCUAGACUCUUACAGCUUUUUGCAAUAUAUUCCACAUCUUGAGGCCGACCAAAGCUCCUGGCUUUGUAUAUGCCUGGCUUGAGUUGAUCUCCCACCAGAUAUUUAUUGCAAGAAUGCUGGCACAUACGCCACAGCAGAAGGGAUGGCCUAUGUAUGCACAGCUCUUGAUAGAUUUAUUCAAAUAUUUAGCACCUUUCCUUAGAAAUGUGGAACUCACCAAACCUAUGCAAAUCCUCUACAAGGGUACUCUAAGAGUGCUGCUAGUUCUUUUGCAUGAUUUCCCCAAGUUCCUUUGUGAUUACCAUUAUGGAUUCUGUGAUGUUAUACCACCUAAUUUUAUCCAGUUAAGAAAUUUGAUCCUGAGUGCCUUCCCAAGAAACAUGAGGCUCCCAGACCCAUUCACUCCUAAUCUAAAGGUGGACAUGUUGAGUGAAAUUAACAUUGCACCCCGGAUCCUUACCAAUUUCACGGGAGUUAUGCCACCGCAGUUCAAAAAGGAUUUGGAUUCCUAUCUUAAAACUCGAUCGCCAGUCACUUUCCUGUCUGAUCUGCGUAGUAACCUGCAGGUAUCCAAUGAGCCUGGCAAUCGCUACAACCUCCAGCUCAUCAAUGCACUGGUGCUCUAUGUAGGGACUCAGGCCAUUGCACACAUCCACAACAAGGGCAGCACACCUUCAAUGAGCACCAUCACACAUUCAGCACACAUGGACAUCUUCCAGAACCUGGCUGUGGACUUGGACACUGAAGGCUGGUAUCUUUUCUUAAAUGCAAUUGCAAACCAGCUGCGGUACCCAAACAGCCACACUCACUACUUCAGCUGUACCAUGCUGUACCUGUUUGCCGAGGCCAAUGCUGAAGCUAUUCAAGAACAGAUCACAAGGGUUCUCUUAGAACAGUUGAUUGUAAAUAGGCCACAUCCUUGGGGUCUUCUUAUUACCUUCAUUGAGCUGAUUAAAAAUACAGCGUUUAAGUUCUGGAACCAUGAGUUUGUACACUGUGCCCCAGAAAUUGAAAAGUUAUUCCAAUCUGUUGCACAGUGCUGCAUGGGACAGAAGCAGGCUCAGCAAGUAAUGGAAGGGACAGGUGCCAGUUAGAUGAACUACAUAUCCGUUGUGAAUCAGCCUCAGUCCCAGUGCACCAAGUUCAUAAACUGAAGAAUCCUUUCAGCUCCUGAUUUUCCCAGCCCUUUGGUUCUCGGGUGUUUGCCCCAUCAACUGCUGGGGUUAGCCCCCGUUUAUGUGGGCGCCUUCCAAAGUUUAAAUGCUUUUUUUUGACUCUUGGCCAAAAUUUAGAAAAUGCUGUGAAUAUCAUUUUGAACUUGUGUAAAUACAUGAAAGAGAAAA